CUUUACCACUGGAAACAGAAACUAAGAUGUGGCAACCGCGAUGUAGCCCAGUCUGCUUAAACCAAACGACAGUCCACAACAUCCACUGCUCAAGGCUAAAGGUUAUGAAGAAGGCUUGGCGAGCUUCCUGUGGAUGACCGAUGCUGAGUGAUGGUCUAAGCGCUGUUCUUCGAGGAGGUGUUUGGGGCCGGGGAUGUUGCGCUGGUCGGUGCAUCUUGAAGGAGGGCCCAGGAGAGUGAACCAUGCUGCGGUGGCUGUGGGGCACAAAGUGUACUCUUUUGGAGGCUACUGCUCUGGAGAAGACUAUGAGACACUCCGGCAGAUCGAUGUCCAUGUUUUUAACACAGUGUCUCUGCGUUGGAUGAAGUUGCCGCCGGUGCGCAGUGCUGGUCAUGAGCGUGUGCGUGAGGUGCCGUACAUGCGCUAUGGCCACACGGCGGUGCUGCUCGACGACGCCAUCUACCUCUGGGGCGGGCGCAAUGACACAGAGGGGGCAUGCAACGUGCUCUAUGCCUUUGAUGUCAAUACCCACAGAUGGUUCACCCCUAAGAUUUCGGGUACAGUCCCAGGAGCUCGGGACGGCCACUCUGCUUGUGUACUGGGCAAAGCUAUGUAUAUAUUUGGAGGCUAUGAGCAGCUGGCUGACUGCUUCUCCAAUGACAUCCACAAGCUGGACACUGUCACCAUGGUGUGGACUUUGAUCAAUGCCAGAGGCACUCCGGCGCGGUGGAGAGACUUCCACUCCGCCACCAUCAUCGGCACAAAGAUGUUUGUAUUCGGGGGCAGAGCUGAUCGCUUUGGUCCUUUUCACUCCAAUAAUGAGAUCUACUGCAACAAGAUCAAAGUCUUUGACACAGACACCAACUGCUGGCUGAGUACACCCUCCACCCAGCCACUGCCCGACGGCCGGAGGAGCCACUCAGCCUUUACCUACAAAGGAGAUCUGUACAUUUUUGGAGGAUAUAAUGCACGAUUGGACCGGCACUUCAAUGACCUCUGGAAAUUUAACCCAGAAGCCUUCACUUGGGAGAAAAUAGAGCCUAAAGGAAAAGGUCCCUGUCCGCGAAGACGGCAGUGCUGCUGUAUGGUCGGAGAUCGGAUAAUCCUGUUUGGAGGAACCAGCCCCUGUCCCGAGCAAGGAAUGGGAGACGAAUUUAACCUCAUGGAUCACUCAGACCUGUAUAUACUAGACUUCAGCCCUAAUCUGAAGACGUUAUGCAAAAUAGCUGUUAUCCAGUACAGUCUGGAGCAGUCGGGCCUCCCACACGACAUCAGGUGGGAGCUGGCUGCCAUGACGACCAACAGUAACAUCAGCAGGCCCAUCUUCUCGUCUCACGGCUGAACCAGAACGACGCUGUGUUUUACAAUCAGCUGGUUUCCAUAGCGACUGUUUCGGACGAGUUUGGACCGAAAUGGAUCCGCUCAGUAUCUCCCACUGUUUUCAAACUCUUACAAACCACUGACCAAAAACAAAUGCAAGUGACUUCAUGGAGCAUUUCUCACGACUUAAGGAUGUCUGAAUCCUUGGAAACAGUGAGAAUAUAAUCACCGAUUUUCUCUUCUGUCUGGCAUCGUUAACAAUCGAAUCAGCCUAUGGCAAUCGUAGACUACAAUCGUAAGCACAGGAAGAGGCGCAGACUCCAGCCAAAGGUCUUUCACAUCUCCCCUUAAAAAUCAAUGUGAAUUUUACCACAUGGAGAGUUGUAUUGUUUAGGUCUGUAGGUCAUAAAACCACAUAAAGCUAGCUAACAUAUUACUAAGUUAUUGUUUUGGGGCAAAUGAGGCUAACUUAUUUUGAAUGAAAGAAAUGGUACCAGAGGCGCUCGCUUGUGAAAAGUACCAUCCAGCAUUAAUUUAAGCAAACAACUCUCAAAUGGUGUCUCUACUUUGCAAGGUAAUGCCAUAAAAGAAAUCCACCUACCUCCCUUUAAAAAGAGUUGUGCUGAAUUCAGAAUUUGUAAAAAUGUUUUAUUUCCCCUUGAAAAAAAAAACAUUGCCUUUCCAGUUUUAAAUAUUGUGAUUCAAUUGCCACAUAUUUAUUUUGCAUAUUUGUUCAGUGCCAAAUGUGGAAAGGUGUUCUAAUGCAAAUGUCCCUUUUAACCUUCUGUACUGCGUGAGGUCUUCACUUAUAUGCAUAAUUAAGACAAUCUUAUAGACCUUGUUUACCUAUCGUCAUUGUAUUGGGUUCUAUUUAUAUAAGUGUUUCUAAGGCUUCAAUAACAGAUGGUACAAUUAAGGGCUUUUUCCUGUUAAUACACUCAGUUAAUACACUGUUAAAUACAGUUUUACAAAUCCAACACUAGUGUGUAUAAAAGCACUGGAAAGAGAUAGUCCUGUUUUACAACUACAUGCUUCUACCCUUGCCUAUAUCUAUACCUAUAAUAAGAACAUCUACUCAAGUACAUUUGUUUUGGGAAGUACAUGUUUCAUGAGUUGACUUUAAUGUAGAGCUGGGUGAUAUGAUUAUGAAGAUUUAAUCGUGAUGAUCAUGAUCCAAAUAUAUCAAUAUCGCCUGAUUGUGAUUCAUUGCUUCUCUGUAUAAUGCAGCUUUAUGCUCAAACGUAGACACUCUCCCCAUUAGGACUGGGUAUUUUUAAGAAGCUGCCGAUACAAUACAUACCUCGAUACAUGGACCACGAUACAAUACAUAUCUCGAUACGCUUUUGAUUCAGUACGAUAUAUUUCAAAUCGUUUCGCUAUGGUUCAAUGAGAAAUUAAGUCUAAAUCAUGUCUGUCAUACUAAAAGUCUUUGUUAAACCACUUCUUUUGCAAAGUUCAUAUGAAACACAAACAUUUUAAUCAUCAAAACAGUGAAAAUGUCAAAUAAACGAGUUUCCUUCCUUUUAAAAACGCAGCAAAACUUUAGCGCUGUAACAAAAUAAUUGAGUCAGUACACCAAAAAAUACUCUUGGUGAUAUAUCGAUACAGUAUCAUCACUUUGAACCAUACAGUAUAUUGAUAUUUUAAUAUUUUUGCACACCCCUACUCGCCAUCCUCUCCUCCUAUUGGUCAGCCUCUGAGUGACAGGUGGAUUAAACAAAUUAAAAUCACAGUGAAGCGUGAACUCACUGAUGGCCUUACUUGGCGUUACUUCUCAAUUACGUAAAUUAUGUAACAAUACAAAAUUAUUUGUGAAUCAAAAUCAUGAUCUUGGGACUUUAGACGUCUUUAUUGCAUAUCACCCACCCCCGCUGUAGUGUAGUGUAUCAUGUAAGUAGUAUUCAGGUUCAAAAUGUCAAUUAAGCAGUGUAAAACGAUAUUAAACUAAUCCAAGUCAUCUGAUCUCUGCACUGAAGCCAUUAUCAAGCCUUAAGACACAAGUUCACACUACUUUGUGAAAUGUAUAUGGCCCAACAAUGUCUAAUUGUAAUUAUAUUCAUUUACUCAUGACUGGUGACAAUGGGACCAUUCAUACGUUGGCUAAUCUCGCAACGCAAAAACUUGGAUCAAAUCCAACAAUCAAAUUACCAUAACUACUGAUGCUUAUAAUGACUAUGUUUGUGUCCCCUUGAAGUCCUUUUUGUUGAAUGUUUUGGGUGAUGGAGUAAAAAAUAAGAAAAUUAACAACUCUGACUAAUCUCCGCGAUUUACUCAUGUUGAAAAUUAAAUGUAGAGAUGCUUAAUUAUUACAGUUUAAAUGAAUGAACUGUAUCUGAAGCCCUUUGACUAUAUGGCCUUAAGUAUUUAGGCGUAUGUUAAAAUGCCUAUAUUUUGGGUGAUGUCUUUGACUUGACAUGUUGCGUUAUAUUAAGACUGGUAUCAGUUGAAAGCCCCGAUUUGUGGCUAAGCUUAUAGAGAUUAUCUUUUGUGGUUUUGAUAUAAACUUAGGGGAAAAGGUGAUGAACAAAGUGGCUGAGAGUAAUGAUUUUACAGUUUUGCAGGUCUCCAUGACUUUUGUUUUAUUUUAAUAUAUUUUGUAUGUCUAUUUUGGCUGGGUUACUUUCUGUUAUGGUUGGUCAGGACUUCCUGUGCAAUAUGCUUUAUAACUGUAUCAAUAAUAAAGCUGAGACAAUUUCAGUUAA